AUGUCUUCGAGUGCUUACGUCCAGCUAGAUCGCGAGGUUAUUGAGAGAAUCACCCUCGUCGUCACGGUGACGGACUCCUCCACACCGCCUAUUUUUACGGCCACCGCGACAGUAUCGAUCGAGGUCUUGGAUGAGAACGACAACAGCCCCGUGUUUCUAAGCCCCCCGGCGAACAUGGGUUUUCCAUUUCAUCAAAACGACAUUCAGUCGUAUGCCUUCACUGUCCGAGAGAACGCUCCACGAUAUACCCGUCUCAGUGGCCGGCUGGAAGCACGUGACCCCGAUGCCAGUGGAGUUGCUAAUCUCACACCCAAACUCCUUUUUUGUGCGACCGGAUUUCAGACCGCCUCGGCCUCAGUUGUGGCUGCCUCCAUCCCAAAAUAUUCUCACUGCUUUUCCUUCAUUAUCAAAAUAGGUCGAAAUGGACAGCUUCAUUUCUCCCUGCGUUCGGUGUGGGCUUUGAAAGGUGCCAGCGGGUCCUACAGGCAUCCAGGAAGCGGAUUCAAUGAUAUGAGAAGCACUCCAGGUCGCCAACUCGUUGAACAGCGCGUUUUCCAAAUCACUCCAGACAACGGGAUCGAAACGCUGAUUGAAUUUGACCGAGAGCAAGUUGGCAUGUAUCUCGUAGACGUCGCUGUGCGAGACAACGGCACCCAGCCACUGGCUACAUCAACCUCAUUGUUGGUUCUCAUACUCGACGAGAAUGACAACGCACCUGUCUGGACAUUUCCCGCCGAUUCCUCGAGGCAGAUCAACAUAACAACCGCCGAUCUACCCGGGACGCUUGUUGCUAGGUUACAGGCCUUUGACAUUGAUGCUGAUGAGGCGGGCAAAGUGGAGUUCCAGGUUCUGGACCCGAACGGCCAGCCUAUGCCUCCCGUAACCCUCUCUCGUGGUCUCUACAACUCCCCACCGACUACCCCCUUGCCCAAUUCUCCAUCGGUUCAAGGGGAGCUGAUGGGUUACCGCACUGGACCCUUUUACCUCAAUGGUUCGACAGGAGAAAUUCUUGUAGCCGAUCGCCUCGUGCCAGUCAGCCUCAAAAUUCGACUUCGCGCCAUCGACUCGGGCCAGGCACAGCGUCUUUACACCGACACGUGGAUGAUCAUCAACGUGAAGAUGGAUCCCAAUGAAUUCGGAGGCUUUCUCGGUGGUGGGAGGGCGGGUGCUCUCAACGUGACCAUAAUUCUCGUCAUGAUAGCCGUUACGGCCAUCAUCUCCCUUCUCCUCAUCAUAGCCAUUGUCUGUGUCCGACGGAAACCCGCUCGAGCGGUCAUCAACAAUGGGGCUUCCGCCGAAACCGACUUUGCCGGUGGCGGUCGGGUUGUCGCUUGUUCCCCCGGCAGCCCCUUCCUCAUCUCUGACCCCGGCAAGGAGGCGUUGGCUGCAAACACUUGGACCGAAUCCUCAAAGGACUUUUACCCCGCGGGUCCAGGAAGUCUAAUUAUUGACGAAAACGGUCAGGUGGUUUCCUCGGGUGCUCUACCCUAUGGGUCUCCGUUAAUGGGAGGCGGUUCUGACAAGACCAGCGUCCGGUGCGGUAUGCCACCUCAGGGAUCGCUCUAUACUCCCGUAGACAUGAGUGAAGAUAUGGCCGGUGGAGUAUUGGCCAUGCACACAUUCGGGGCCCGGAGUGCAGUUUUUCCCCUUUUUUCCGUGUUUGCUUUGUGUCCGCGCUGUCAACUGCUCACCAGUCGACAGUCGCGGUGCUUUGCGCCGCGUCUCGCGUGUGUGUCGAGCGCCAUCCGUGGCGUCUCCGUCAUCUGCAUCCCUACUAUGUCCCGAGGCCAUCGACCUGGCGGUGUUCUAGGAAGCGUCCAUGGAUCAUCGACGGGUAUUCGAAUGGGCGGCAGCAUGCAGUAUGAACCUCCCCCUCUGGACGCGGACAGUGGAGACUCUGGCCGGGGACCGUCAGAGGAUGGGAACCAGCUUAUGAUGCUCGAAAAUCAACGAAUGUUCUCACCGCACCCUGGUUUCCAGUAUGGAACUUGCACGGGCUUUCGUUCUUCAAGCCGCGCGAGUUACGGACUGCGCUCUGCUAGCGCCAUGGGUGCCCCCGCGGGUGUAGGUAGUGGUGCUAUCCCCCGGCCUUACAUGCAGAAUCCACACGGUAACGGGGAUAACUGCUCCUGUUACGUUGAAGACCAUUUCCCUUCUUCCUCCACUGGCUACACCGACUACGUUGAUUCAGGAACUCACUACCCACAUGCUUCCCUGCAACAAAGCCCCCUUGGAAGUUAUCGGACCUUUUUUUCAGGAUCUCAACCCUCCCCAGGACCACGAAGAUUCACCCCUGGAGGAGGGGAGACCACUAUAUCCGCCUCCAUUGGUUCGUUGCCGCGGUCACGGGCUCCCAGCAGGUCCACUGUCACCUUCCAGUCUCCUAGCGUGGUCGAAGGUGGCCAACAACUAAUAAAGUUGGACCUAAGGGGACCGGGAGAGACAGAUGGAGGUGAAGGCGCAUUUGCAACUCUUCCUCCACGGCCAGUUCCCCGCACCAUUACAAACACGGACGUCAGUGGUUAA